AUGAUUCGAGGAAAGGAGGUUCUACCUCCGCCCGUCAUCGCCAGAACCGGCCAGAAAAGGCCUCCUCCGCCUCCGCCGCCAAAGUCAGGCAAGGCCAUCCCGGCAGGCCCUCCGUUGCCGCCAAGGAAGACAGCAGCAGCAGCAGCAGCCUCAUCGCCAGUAGUGCCGCCAGCUCUACCUCCUCGAACGUCGUCGGACUAUGGUCGGACUUCCAGCGAAUAUACACCCUCGAGCGCAUCCAUUUCCUCGAACUCGUCCGUGUCAGACUGCAAGCCUGACGUUUACCGCGUUCGCGCUCCAGCAUGGGGCCAGACCGAGUUGCCCGCUGUGAAAGGGUGGAAUAGCGGCCCUAAAGAUACUAAGGAUACCAGCCAUGAGAGGCAAAAGGGGGAAUCGCAAUCCAAGCCGAGCUUCGAUGCUCGAAGUCUGAACGGCAAUGUAGCAGCGUUACGGAACCAGUUGGCUGGCCAUAAGCUCGUUUCUCCUGCUAAAGUUCCUCCUCCAUUAAAGCCUGCGAAACCGCAACUCCCUCCUCGCAUGGACUCUACACCUAUUCCCCAAGCACAGCAGGCUCAGUGUCAGCAACAAUGUCAACCUCUGCUAGAGAGAGUAGACUCGGCACCCGUUACACAGAGGAAGCUUCCCCCUCCUCCACCUCGAGGCGCAGACCUCCAAAAACUCAGGCAGGUAUCAUUUGCGACACUGAGCAGUAGUGUCAAUGAUGCGGUCAACGACAAUCCUCUCUCGGCCCGGGCUAAAAAUAUGUCCCGUAUCCCACCACCCAUACCGCAUGCAUCCCGCCCAAAAAUACCCCAGAUACCCACCACAUCUAAGCCUCAGGGAAUCCUUCCGACCCAUGCUAAUGCAAUUCAGCCUGCCACAUCGUCAACCGUGUGCUUUAAAUGUCGUGACUUCUCCGCCCCUGAUGCACAUGCUGCCAAGUUCCCUCGUCAAUCCCUUCCCUCGCACGAUUUGGCCUGGCUGUCGGCCCAACUCACCUCCCCAUUCCCGUCGCUUACAGACAAGGCCAGGGUGAUUUUUAAGUGGCUUCAUCAUAACGUCCGCUAUGAUGUCGAAAGCUUCUUUCAGGGCAAAUCCACGCCACAAUCGCCAGAUUAUGUAUUCACUAGUGGCCUUGCGGUUUGUGCUGGGUUUGCUUCUCUCUUCGAGACUCUAGCAAGGCACGCCGGCUUAGAGGUUAGACUACUAAGCGGCCAUGGGGCGGGUUAUGCACAUAAGACACCUGUACCCGGAGAACCAUUGCCUUCCUAUAAUCUCAACCAUGCGUGGAAUGUAGUACGCAUUGACAACGGCCAGUGGAAGCUAAUCGAUAGCUGCUGGGGUGCCGGCCACGUCGAGGGCGAAAACAUGCCAUACAUUCAAGAAUUUUCACCCAAACAUUUCACCAUGUCGAACGACGAAUUCGGCCUCUGCCAUUACCCUGAAAAUAAAUCCGACCUCUACCGUGAGGAUGGACGCACUGACAUUACAUGGGAAGAAUAUAUUAGCGGUGGCCUCAAGGCGCAAAUGAAUAUUCCCUCUGACCCACCCACUCUCUUCAGCAACGCCGUAGAAGACCACGGUAUCGGACAGUCUACCCUCCAACCAAGGCUGAAAUCUAUCUCUAUCAGACAAGUUUCCGGGCGUCCGGUGCAUUUUCAAUUCGGUCUCAUCUGCGAACAUUGGUCUAUUACCAAGCACGGCGGCAAAAGCGCUGCAGCCUUCUUCAUCCUGGGUACGCAUGGGAUCGAUGGCAGAGAAAAGAAAUUCGUUCCAUUUAACCAUUUUCGAGGCACAAACCCUGGCGGGGGCGGUGACUACUGGUAUUUGGAUAUCCCUGAUGGUAGAGUGCUGGGCUGCGCUGGUCAGAGAUUGAUGAUGUACGAGUUGACUAGUUUUGGUGACCGGCAGAAUCUACGUGGUAUGACAAUCGCAGAGUUUGAGCAAGGGGUAGGUAGAAUUGGGAUGGGGUUCAAUGCAGUUGCCGAAUGGAGUCUUGUUUAA